GCUUGCAAAACCCUUGCUCUGUUUUUUCCCUCUCUUUUGGCAAAACCCUUCUUCCAUUUUUUGGGUAUAAUUCUUCUCUCUGUCGUCAGUUAUGGAAGACGAAAACCAGAGAUUUUCGAGGCUGCUUACUGCUCAUCUUGAUAAAGUUAAACAACAGGUUAAGAAGUUCAUGGAGGCUGCUUGUGCAGGGGAUAUUAAGCUUUUCAAGAAAUUGGCAAAGGGACUGGAUCGUGGGAAAGGGUUGGCUGCUACGGUGGCGUCUGUGAAGGAUGGUAAAGAACGAGGGGCAUUGAGCUUUGCCGCUACGGAAGGACAACUUAAGAUGUGCAAGUACUUGGUGGAGGAGUUGAAGAUUGAUGUCAAUGAUAGAGAUAAAGAAGGUCAGACUCCUGUUCUUUGUGCUGCUAGGGAAGGACACACUGCUACUGUCCAGUACCUCAUAGAAAAGGGUGCAGAUCCUGCAACACCCAGCACCUCAGGGGCAGCUUUGCAUAAUGCUGCAGGAAAUGGACAUAUUGAAUUGGUUAAAUUGUUACUGUCGAAGGGUGUAGACGUUGAUUUGCAAAGUGAUGCUGGAACACCACUUAUGUGGGCUGCAGGUCUCGGCCAAGAAGAUGCUGUUAAGGUUUUGCUUGAACACCAUGCUAACUUUGAUGCUCAAACAGGAGAUGAUAAUAUGUGUCCUCUGGGAUCAGCUGUGGCAGCCAAUUCAUUGCCUUGCGUGGAGCUGUUAGUAAAGGCAGGGGCUAAUGUCAAUGUUAAGACUGGUGAAGCAACAAGGUAUGGUGAAACAACUCCUUUGCUCAUUGCUGCUCAUAAUGGUAAUGCAGAAAUUGUUAACUGCUUACUACAAGCUGGAGCUGAUCCUAAUGCUGCUGAUGAGGAUGGUAAUAAGCCAAUACAUGUUGCAGCUACAAGAGGCAAUCGGGCAGCUGUUGAAGCUUUAUUGGCCGUCACACCACAGAUUCAGAGUGUUCCUGAAUGGAGUGUGGAUGGAGUCAUUGAGUUUAUGCAAUCUGAUUAUAGGAGAAAACAGCAGGAAAGUACAGAAGCUGGGGAGGAAGCAAACUAUGGCGCUAAUCUAAGAUGUCUACUUACGAGGCUGGAGGAUGAAUUCAAGGGCUUGAAGCAAGAACGUAUUAUUCCAAAGAAAGAUUUGCCUGAGGUGACUCCUGAAGCAAAGAAGAAAGCUGCAGACGCAAAGGCGAAGGGAGACCAGGCAUUUAAGAGGAAUGAUUUUCCUAGGGCUAUAAAUGCUUAUGCACAGGCAAUCAAUUUUGAUCCAACUGAUGGCACUCUGUUUUCGAAUAGAAGUCUUUGUUGGCUCCGCCUGGGGCAAGGUGAAUCUGCCUUGGUUGAUGCUAAGGCUUGCAGAGAACUUAGACCAGAUUGGGCAAAAGGUUAUUAUCGGCAUGGUGCAGCUCUACGUCUAUUGCAGAGGUUUGAAGAGGCAGCCAAUGCUUUCUAUAGGGGCAUCCAGAUCGACCCUAAUGAUGAGCUCAUAACUGCUUUACAGGGUACUGUUGCUGAAAGGGAUGCUGAGGCUGCUAAAGAAAUUCAUGACAUGGAACUAGAAUUAAGUUGUGUCAUACAAGAGUUAGAAAGCACAUAAUGACAGAACCAAGUAGCCACUUCUUUUGCCCUUUUCUUUGGUAGUUGUAAAAAUGGAUCAUUUUGAUGUUUUGUUCUCUAGUGAUUUGUUCUGCUGCAAUUUAUAGACUCACUAUUUUUGUUAAUCUCAACUUUUCCCUUUUGCCUAAUUUUUCAAAAUUUAUUUUCAUUCCUGUUUAUUUUUUCCAAGUGGUGGACCAUACUUGGGGUACAGAACUUCUAAAAAAAUAUCUGUAAAAUAUUUAAGAUGUAACUGACCAAACUAAAUGUAGUAUUGUCGUGGAUAAAAUUAUGUCAUUUUGAUAUCAAAAAUCAAAAUUAUGUACACUCUAAACAGAAAGGUAAAGAUGAGCAAAAUAAUAUAGCACAACUAUUCAAUACAAAAGAUUAUUAUUGCAACAAGUGAAAACAUUUAUGCAGGUAAAAAUUAAAUGUAAAAAUACAGCCACAGGAGCUAUAACGACAGUUAAAAUAGUCUUGGAAUACAGCAACGUAAUGUCAGGGGGAUUAUAUUUCACUUGGACACUAACACUUUCCAGAAGCUUGACACAAACGGAGCAGGAUUUCAACAAGGUUACCUUAAUGUCAAGUAGCAGAUUGUUGAUUGUUAUGACAAUGUGAAUAUUCCUCUGCUAUCUGCAGUCGAACAAAAUACUGGCAACCUGUACAGUAUGACAUCUGAUUGUGCAAAACUAAAGAUCACUGGAAGAUUUGCACUCAGCAGAGAGUAUGAUACAUGCUUGAACGUAAAAACGAUAGCUACUGUAACUGCGAAAAGUUUAGAUGUACAGAGUGAUGACUUGAUAAUUCGAUAAAUACAAGACUCACCUAUUUAUCGAUGUCAAAUACAAAUUUAAUACUUGUCAAACGUGAGAUAAUAUAUAACUUAAGACUUCAAUGAUCCUUAGAGAAAAAGAUCCAUUCUUCAUGAAAAUAGGAGGCAGAACCAAUGAUGAUUUCCUUUUCGAUUCAUCCCUGCAAACUACAACUUACUUCAAAAGAAAUGUUAAAGCAGAUAAUCAUGGAUACUGGAAAAAUCUGCAACUUGCAAUUCGUCGAACAAGUUGCUGGGAAAAUGGUCAGAAGGCACUGGCAACCAAAAUAGCUACUGGAGUCAUGAUACUGAUAGAGAGUCCUGGAAACGAGGUCUGGUAUCACCAGAACAGUACUAAAAGAGAUUAAAAAAAAAUCAGUACAGUACCACCAAUACGAUCACCGAAAAUAAGCAAAGUGUGAAUGGAACAGUCACCGGAAUUAGGAAGGUUGCUGCCGGAAUGGUCACGUAAGAUUAUAAAAAGAAAAAAAAGCUUCAAUCGGACAAGUGACAUAACACCUUGCCAGUAAAUCAUAAGUAAGAGCCUUUAUGUCAGAGUAGAGACCUAAUUUUGAGUAUAUCAAACCCUUUUUUCUUUUUUUGGUUUCCCACCCGGUGUCCGGAGCCCGACUAAAUCCAGAUCGGCACUGCAAGGCUCAUUCGAGGGUGGCGCUUCAAACAGUAUUUUCUCCCGAAACCUCUGGUAGUAUUGAUUUGAUAAAGCCACACGGACAUAAAGGCUCUACAUCUUAGUAUAUUCUGGGAAAACAUUCAAUUCAAUUCAGUAUCUCACUUUGAGUAUAUCAUAGUUUUUCCUCUUAGUAUUGUUUCUCAAUUUGAUAGAACUAAGCAGAUACUUUAUCAUGUCAACCAACGUAGUAUACAUGAUGUAAAUAUUCUUUCUGAGGAAUUACACAUCAAUUAAACAUGACAUUAAGGUACAGAUCAAAACCGUAACAGAUGAUGAUAAUUUUUAUAAAAUUUCCCUCUUCCAAACUGAUAUUAUCAGUAUGGAGUACCAAAAAAAUUAUUUCUGCGGCUAGACAUUGGUACUUGCUUUGACACACCAAAGUUAAACCAGAUGUAAUUCAGGUAAAAACAUGAACAUAUAUGUAUUUGGUCUUCCCUUGACCAUAGGACAUGCAUAUGCAAGGUCAUAUUAGCAUAAACAGCAAAAGGAUUUGAUUUCUUUCUUAACAGUAAUAAGUCAGCUUCCCCCGAGCGUGAUUAGCUUGAAUACAAAGUUACAAACAAAGAAGGUUAACAAUACUUGAGAAUGCUACCAUAACAAGAAAUUUCCCUAGUGUGUUGUAUACGCCUUGGAGAUUUCAGCUAUAAGCUAUCAGGUCUAUAAUUUUUUUGACAAGGAUCUGUUAAGUAUGUGCUGUCUAAAAGGAAACAGUAGCAUAUUCAAAAAAAAUCCAGUUCAAGUUGCUAACUCCCGUGACAACCAGAUUUUAUCUACGUGAUCACACAGACAUGAGAAAGAGCAAUCCACCUUACUCCUUUGAAGGUCAUGCAUGAGCCUUCGUAGCUGAAUUCCAGCAUUGGAAUUGCUCUGAUAGGUGUUAAUAGUUACGGACGAACACUACUUAUAAUGCAUUGCUGCAAGGGGAACGAAGAAGGGCAAGAGAAAGAGAGCUAAGGGACAAAAAAAUAUCAUAAACAGAGUAAAAGGCAAAACAAUCCAGCCAUUGUACAGCAAAUCACACACCUAACUCUGCAAACACAAUGCCAACUGGUACAACAUUACUAGAUCAGAUAACGAACUAGCUAUGCAUAAAUGAACAGUAAGAUAGAAGUCUAAGAAAUU